AUGGACGAUUUCUGGUUGCAACUGUUAUUCGCAUUAGCGAUGUUGAUUACAACACUGCUUGCUGGGCUUGCUCCUCUUAAGCUGCUCACAGCGAUUAUGAGCAAUGGACGAACGACUCAUAAAGUAGCGUGUUCACUCAGUUUGCUUUCUUGUUUUGCUGGUGGAGUAUUCUUGGCGACAUGCUUUUUGGAUGUCAUUCCACAUGUUAAUUCAAAUUUUCGCAUGUUCAAUAAAAACUCAUCGUUAAAUACGGUUUAUCCACUGCCAGAAUUACUCUUCUGUGUCGGCUUCUUUCUAGUUUAUCUUAUAGAAGAAAUUUGUUCACGGCUAAUAUCUGGCAGUACGCCUACCUCACAAACAUCAUCUAUGUCUUCAAUCGCUGAAUCGUUGAAUAAAACCGAAACUGUUACAUUGCAGUCGAUAACGUUCACAGUUGCGAUGUCGUUUCAUUCAAUUCUCGAAGGACUUGCGCUUGGAGUGCAAGAUGAUCGAAUGGCCAUAACGACAUUGUUCAUCUCACUGAUGCUACAUAAAGGUAUUGAGGCGUUCAGUGUUGGAUUGCAGAUUGCGAAGUCGAAUUCUCAACAAAUCAAAAUUGCUGCGUUAACGAUCUUCAUUUAUUCCUUAAUGACACCGAUAGGCUCACUUAUUGGCGUUUAUAUUCAGGAGCAGUUUGAUUUAAUUACUGAAAUAUUUGAUGUGAUAUUGAUAAGAGACGACUGUCCAUUGAAGUACGAUCAACCACGGUUCAUGAAUGCGUUUCAGAGUGCCAGUAUAAGACCAGUUUUGAAAGAAGGACUCAUUUUCGUACUCGAGGCGCUUGCAGUGGGAACCUUUAUUUAUGUUACUUUCUUCGAAGUGCUGGCGGAGGAAAAAGCCAAUGAAUUCUCAAAUAUCGUACAACUGUUUGCAAUCAUCGCUGGUUUCAGUGUGAUUGCACUUUUCCAAUUUGUUGAAAUUCUGGUUACUGGAACCGAAUCACAUUAA